AUGGGAAUUGGGAAACGAAUUGACGUAAAACGAGUCCUAGUAGAUCAGGGCAGUGCAGCAGACAUACUGUAUUAUGAUUUGUUCAGAAAGCUUGGUCUCUUCGAGCAGCACCUCACCCCAGCGGCAGCCCCGUUGGUCGGUUUCAAUUCACAGCCAGAAUGGCCGCCUGGCAGAAUAGUGUUGCCAAUCGUGACGGGGACAAAAACCCUCCAGAUAGAGUUCUUGCUUAUUAAUACACCAUCCCCUUACAACGCCAUACUUGGCCGUCAGUGGAUUCAUCGAAUGGAAGCAGUCCCUUCAACCUACCACCAGCUCAUCUAUUUCCCAACGGAACACGGAGUAGAGUAG